CACACUUUUAUCUUCUCUAAUUGCCUUGCUCAAGUCUAUUCUACUCAACUCAUUCAUUUUUUUUACACGCCACUACCAUGGCCAAAGGAAAGUCCAAGAGCAAAGCUUCCAAGAAGAAGGCCACCGCCGAGGCCACGUCAUCUGCGUCUCAACCCUUCCCGUACCUGGACAGAUCCUUCUUGGAGUUUGGGUCGGAAGAGGAACUCUCUCGCUUCAUCACCCACUUCGCCAAACGCCCCAUCUCUCCGCCAAGAGUGCUGCCCGAGCUAUACCCUCAACAAAAGGGGUACCACGACCUCGACCAUCAACUCAAAGAGUCGGGUCUGUGGCCGUUCGUCUCCAGAAGCCGUCAGUCCUACAAUCCCGCCUACGUCCGGGCUUUCUACUCCAAUCUCUACCGGGACGGGGACACCAUUUGCAGUAGCAUCAAUCUCUACGACAUAGAGAUUGAUUUGGCUACCUUCGCUCGGGUCGCAGGGCUGCCCACCCGCGGUGAUGACAUCGCGACAUAUGCCCCGCCGGAAAAGCGUCUGCUACUCUACAUCCUCACCCGGAUUCUUCGCCCCCGGGACGGUAGCCACACCUGUCUCUUCAACGAGGAUCUCAAGGUCGUUCAUGCUAUCACCCAUAGCACCUCGAUCAAUUGGGCGAAAUACGUCAUGAUUCACAUGGCGGAUUGCGCCUCCAUCACCACCGAGCAGAGCUUGCCAUACGCCUUCCUCGACAUGGACCUCAUCGUCUCCGCUGACAUCCACAUUGCCGGGCCGGACACGAAGAUGACGAAGCUGUGGAUCAUCCAAGACAGCACCUUCCGGAAGAAGUCCGGUGACAGAACCGGCGCAGGACCCAGUCGGGCUCCUGCCCCUGCUCCCGCCAAGGCCUCCUUACAGUCCAUAGCCGAUACCCUGAAUCGGCUAACCACCACCGUAGAUGGCAUGGGCCAGUACCUGGAGAGGAUGGACUGGUCGAUACAACGCCAGCGCCACGACAUGAGAGCGUACUUCCGCGGCAUCAACUACGUCCCGCCGCCCUUUGACAGCACCUUCCUCGGCCAAAACUUUGAAGGCGAGGACGAGGAGGAUGACUCCUAUGCUCCGUCCUCCUCCCCCGACGAGGCCGACUUUGAGGACGCUGUCGACGGGGAUCCCAUGGACGUCGAGGACGACGAAGAAGACGAUGACGCCGAGGACGAGGACGCCGCUGCCUAGACUCUUCUUUCUCUUCCUUCCUUACUAUGAUUGUAUUUUUUUCAUUUCCAUCCCGUUGUAUUCUGCAUUUCCUUUUUUAAAGAAAUAAAAGUUCACUUUUAAAAUCUAAAGUUUACUUUUAAUUCUUUUUGUUAAUGUCAAAAGGGGGAAGAUAUCUAAGUUAUGCAUAAAUUGAGGGGGAAUUU